AGGUGAGAUGUUUUUAAUCCUAUGUAACGGAAAUAUAUUACCCCUAUUUUCUUUUCUUUGUUAUGUUUGUUUGGAUUGUACUGGUUUAUUGUGUGCUUAUGGGGAAUGCAGAGACUUCGUUAGUCUUAUUUUUGUAAUGUUCACUUUCAGUAAAAUGUGAGGAGGAAAAAAAAAAAAGAGCAUCUGAAGCUGAAUUUUUUAUCAGUCACUCUGGCCUGUCAUGAAGCGUUCCUUCUGAAUGCAUGUGAUGACUGAUGGUGAGACAGACUUGAGUUUAUUGGCCAAGUUUGCAGUUAAUAUGAAAAAAUAAAGUACGCAGUAUGAAUGCUAAGAAAUCAAGCUAAGUAAUUUUGUCCCAUUCUUUGACGUACUGUAUCUGUAAUGUAUUAUUUGUAAUGUUUAGUAUAUGUUCAGAAUGUCUAACUUUUUGGAAUCGCAAAAACAGCACAUGGCAAUGUUUACUUGGGACUAAAUGUUCAUAUCUAGAUCUUUCAGGACAGUCUGUCAUUCAUUACUGUCUAUUUACCUGUGUUGUUCUAACAGCCUCAAAGAUUAACCUUCAACGUUUUAAUGGCCUGAGCAUCUCACAUUAGUGCCUUUAGGCUUUUUCCCCACAUGGUGAUAUAUCUGUAUACCUGUGCAUUCAUAAUUUGCCCCUGAAGCAGUCACAGUGUAGUAACCUCUUUAUUAGCCACAGUCCAGGAAAGCCUCUGAAAUUAGUUCCACUUCAAUACUUGGCUACUAGGUUCCGGUCACAUGGUCGUUUAAUGCACUAGGGGCCGGUAUUUGGCUCUGCACAGCCUGAGCGUAUUGCAUCUGAUCUGUGCCAGUCCGAGGGGUCAGAUGUGACCUCCGAGAGACUCAGAGACUAGGAGCAAACUUUCAGAAAGUAAAAGAAAUCAAGCACAGGGAGUCCAGCCAUGUUCAGGGAUGACUCUGAUAAGACAUACCACCACAUAGGAGGAGCUGUCACCGGGGAAUCCACGGAUGUUGCCCGCAGCACAGCUGCAGAUGCGCGAAUUAGGAAACGUCUACACAAAUCAAGUCUUAACAAGUGAAAUCUGGAAUAAACUGACUGAUAUCGUUUCGGGAAAUAUGGUGUAAAGUACUGCACUCCAGUAGCGCGCAUUCACAUGAACGCCGCUGGGCUCGCGCCGAACCACACACGAGCGCUAUGCGGCUGCGGACAACGCGCGACAGCAUCAGCUCUGGCGUUUGGGGUUUGGCAAAUACGGGAUCUGCAAGUUGAGCUUCAUGCAGAAGAUGACUCAGAGUAAAUAAGGCCCUUCAUUUUCCUGUGCAACAACUAUGCUGCCAAAAGAGCAACACUGUGAUGGCAAGGCUGCCAAAACCUCCUGCAAUGAAGAAAAAGCUAAGGCCAUGAAGAAUGAAAAGAAGGAGGUUGUGUACGUGGAUCCACCAGAUGGCGGUUGGGGUUGGAUGGUGGUUUUGCAUUGUUUUCUGGUGAACGUGUUGGUGAUGGGUACAUUGAAGAGCUUUGGGAUCUUCUUUGUGGCACUGCAGGAUGAGUUUGGAGGCUCGUCCGAGAGCAUCAGCUGGAUUGGAUCCAUAAUGUCCAGCCUCAGGCUCUCCGGAGGUCCGUUGGCCUCGGUGGCCUGUGCCAAGCUGGGGAACAGGGUUACCUCCAUAGUGGGGGCGCUUUUCGUCAGCGCCGGCUUUCUCUCAAGCAUAUUUGCCCCCAGUGUGCUUUACCUUUACAUUAGUAUGGGGCUAGUUGUUGGUCUCGGGUUUGCUCUUCUUUAUCAGGCCACAUCUGUUGUAACAGUGACCUAUUUCCGAAAGAGGCUGGCAACUGCAUAUUCUAUUGGACGCUCUGGCAUGGGUCUGACCUUUGCCCUCGCUCCUUUCACUCAGCUGCUUUUGGAUCAGUAUGCUUGGCAGGGAGCUCUGUUGAUUUUGGGAGGCCUGAUGCUGAACCUGGUGGCCUCUGGGAUGCUUUUGCGGCCCAUUAACGUUAGACUUCUAGCUUCACCCAUGUCAAACUCCACCCUUCAUGAGGCUGGAUCUGAGAAAGAUCCUCUUAAGAACAACAUGAAUGGCAGCACGCCUGUGUCCAAUGGCACUUCUAAAAUGGACAGCUCUUCCCCCAAUCACAGGGACACACUUAUAAUAGAGAACCCAGCUCAUGAGCAGAACACUCUUCCACAUCUGGAUCUCAAAACAUCCAUUCAGAAUGGGGUGAAUGGAACAGACAGCAGCCAAAUUAAAACAUCCCCUGAGAUGAAUGGGGUUUCUCCUGUGGAUGCAUUACUUGAGAACAGCAAAACAGAAAAACUUCCUGAAAACCCCCAAAAAAUACUGGACUUCUCACUUUUAAGGAACCCUUUCUUUUGCAUCUACACCUGGUCGCUAGUCUUCAGUCAGCUGGCUUAUUUUAUCCCUUACUUCCAUUUAUCUGCAAGGGCCCGGAACCUGGGCAUCGACCCCAUGGAUGCUUCUUUCAUCAUCUCUGUGGCUGGUAUAACAGAGACAGUGGCCCAGCUUGCAUCUGGUUGGGUGACGGACAGGAAUCUGGUUCACAAAUAUCACUACCAUAAGGCCUACCUGAUCCUGUGUGGUGUGGUCAAUCUUCUCUCCCCUCUGGCCACCUCGUACAUCUUGCUCAUGGUCUACGCUGUCUUCUUUGCCAUCUUUUGUGGAGGGUACAUGGCGCUACUACUUCCUGUGCUGGUGGACUUGGUGGGUUCUGAAAAGCUGAACAACUCGAUGGGGUUCUCAAUGUUCUUUGUGGGGCUUGGCUGUCUCACAGGUCCUCCUCUGGCAGGCUUCCUGUAUGACUACACUCAGACCUACGACUGCUCCUUCUACCUGGCAGGUGUGUGUUACCUGUUAUCAUCGGUUUCUCUUUUCCUCGAGCCUCUGGCGAGACGCUGGCAAGCCCGAAAGAAGCGGCUGGAGACGCUAAACGAAGAAUUGAUGUGGAGUAACGGCUGUUUCUGCCCUGCACCUCAGAGGAAUGGUGUUGUAUAAUAAAGGAAUAAACUCAACGCCAUUUUACUUUCCACCAUGUCAUGUGGUUCGCCCUCUGAGGGCUGAUCGGAAGAGGACCUGACCUGAACAUUUGGUGGGACCACAAUGUGGCAAGCAAAUGAAUGUUCAUUUGAAUACAGAGACCAAUAAAUUAAUGCUUGAGGACACUACAAUGCAAACUAUUUUGUUAGUGGGUGAAUACAAAUGGAUUUUGUUGAAUUGGUUUGAUAUAUAAACAAAUAGUUUCACUCACCGUCAAUCUUUAAUGACAAUCAGAUCAGCACAAGAACAAAAUGAGGAGACUUCAUCGCCAUAUAAGCAUUUAUUUUCCAGCACAUCAUGAAUCUGGAUCUUCCUUCAUUAGAAAGGUACUCAAACGCUUCCACUGGUAUGAUUGAAAAUGUGUGUGUAUCACAUGACAAAUUUUACUCACUUAGGCAAAUAUACUAGAACUAAAAUAAGAGUAUUUUGUCAGAUUGUGAUGGGUCUAUGCAAUAAGCCUAGGACGGCUGUUUCCUCUGUGAGCCCCCAUUUUGAGCCUUUAAUGCCUGUUCGUGUCUGUUAAUGUGUUUUUGCAAUGUAUCAGUUGCUAUUAAGCUGUGUAAAGGACUACAUAAGGGCACAAUGACGGAAAAACACAGAUUUUGUUUUGCCGUCGGUGCCCCAACUGGAAGACAUUUUGGGGCAGAAUAUUCCAGACAUGGAGUUUUUUUUCUCGCUGGUGCCAAAUCAGUCCCACUGUCAUUCACUACUGACAACAACCAAGAGAUUUUCUGGAACAAACUGCUGCGUGAAUACAAGUGAAUAUUCUUCUGAUGCUAAUGAGCCAAGUGUUGCAAGAAUUAGGUCAAUUGGCUUGUGGGUUCAUGUGUACCUGUACAAGAGGCCCAGAUGGUGAGCAUCUAUGUGGAGAGUUUCUCUAAAGUGCAAAUCCUUUAUACUUAUUGUCACUUUUAUUUUUUAGGUUUUUGUUUUGCUGGGUAAUCUACAGUGCACUAUGUUUAUCACCACUGUUUGCCUUUGUACACAAUGACUGUGCAAAAUAUCCUGUGAUGAGAGCCAAAGAUGCAAUAGAAAUAUAAUUUUUCAUUCUACGCAUUUGAACAUGUCGUUUGUAUAUAGAAAUACAAUCUAGUUACUGCUCACACGUAGUAAGUACUACUGCUCAAAGUAGUUCUGUGUGAGCUGUUGCCCUCUAGAGGCACUAACGAUGUACUGUUACUGGAAUGUUGUAUCAAUUAACAGGCAAUCCAUGUUCUGGAAUGUCUAGUUGUUUUCUUUCAUCAGCCAAGUAAUGACAAACUAUGAGGAAAGUAUUUCCUAACAAGAAUGAGCAAGACACGCACAACUUCAACAAUUUAUCAAAUAAGCACAUCACAAAGAUAAGAACAGUAUGUUAUACUCUGGCCACUGAAAUGUUUUUUUUUUUCUUUUUCAGAAAGCAUUUCUUUAUCACUCUAAAUUGUUUAAUGAAAGCCGGGUUCUUUGGUGAAAUUGGUUAGUUGGUAAUGUAUAAAUUGUUUGAAAACUCAAAAACUAGACAGUUAAGGGGACACAAUAACACUAUUCUGUACUGUUAGUGAUUUUGCAAUUGUAUGGAAAUGUGAUAGCAUUGUGCUGGUAUUGGGGUUAUUAGCUGAACGUUUUUUUGUUUUUUUUACUGUUUCUGGAGGUUUUGAAUAAUUAUUUUGUUGACAAUGCUCACAACUGUUAAGAUUUACAUGACUGCAAUUAAAGUCAGCGGUAAAUUAGACAAA